AUGAGUUUUGGGGGGUUUCUUGAGGUCAAACAAAGUGGUGGAGGAGGUAGGAUCGUAUCAGAUAUUCCUUACAGCAACGGUUCCAACCACAGCAACGAUAUAAUGCCCUCUGGUGCAAUCUCGCAGCCUCGUUUAGCCAGUCCUACUUUGGCCAAAUCCAUGUUUAACUCUCCUGGCCUUUCUCUUGCGCUUCAAAGUGAUGUCGAUGGACAAGGGGAUAUGAACAGAUUAAUGCCCGAGAAUUUUGAGCAAAAUGGGUUGAGAAGGAGCCGGGAAGAGGAGCAUGAAAGCAGAUCUGGCAGUGAUAACAUGGAUGGAGCUUCUGGUGAUGAUUUUGAUGCCGCCGACAACCCACCAAGAAAAAAGCGUUAUCACCGACACACUCCUCAGCAAAUUCAAGAGCUUGAAGCGCUUUUCAAGGAGUGUCCUCACCCGGAUGAGAAGCAAAGGCUUGAACUCAGCAGAAGGCUGAAUUUGGAAACGAGGCAAGUAAAGUUUUGGUUCCAAAAUCGAAGAACACAAAUGAAGACACAAUUGGAACGGCACGAGAACUCGCUGCUAAGGCAAGAGAAUGACAAGCUUAGAGCGGAGAACAUGUCUAUGAGGGAGGCUAUGAGAAAUCCUAUGUGCUCAAACUGUGGUGGUCCUGCAAUGAUUGGUGAGAUUUCACUUGAAGAACAGCAUCUGAGGAUCGAGAAUGCUAGGUUGAAGGAUGAAUUAGACCGUGUUUGUGCACUCGCUGGCAAGUUUUUGGGUCGCCCCAUUUCUUCUUUAACAAGCUCAAUUGGGCCUCCAUUACCAAACUCAAGCUUGGAGCUUGGGGUUGGGAGCAAUGGUUUUGGAGGUUUGAGCACUGUGCCUUCAACAUUGCCUGAUUUUGGGGUGGGGAUAUCGAGCCCCUUAGCUAUGAUGUCAGCUUCAACUAGACCAACUGCAACAUCAACUGUGGUGACUGGUGGGCUUGACAGGUCAGUGGAGAGGUCUAUUGUUUUGGAACUUGCUUUGGCUGCAAUGGAUGAGCUGGUGAAGAUGGCUCAGACCGGGGAGCCUCUUUGGAUCAGGAGUUUGGAAGGGGGAAGAGAAAUUCUCAACUAUGAGGAGUACACAAGGACAAUGACACCUUGCAUUGGUUUGAGACCCAAUGGUUUUGUCACCGAGGCCUCUAGACAAACUGGCAUGGUCAUCAUAAACAGCUUGGCUCUUGUUGAAACAUUAAUGGACUCAAAUCGAUGGUCAGAGAUGUUCCCUUGUAUGAUUGCUAGAACCUCAACCGCUGAAGUUAUAUCUAAUGGAAUAAAUGGAACUAGGAAUGGUGCCCUUCAGCUUAUGCAUGCUGAACUUCAAGUCCUUUCGCCCUUGGUUCCUGUUCGUGAGGUCAAUUUUCUACGCUUUUGCAAGCAACACGCAGAGGGCUUGUGGGCAGUGGUGGAUGUGUCCAUAGACACCAUCCGAGAAACUUCCGGUGCACCCACUUUUGUGAACUGUAGGAGGCUUCCUUCUGGUUGCGUAGUGCAAGAUAUGCCAAAUGGUUACUCUAAGGUGACAUGGGUGGAACAUGCAGAAUACGACGAAAGCCAAGUUCACCAACUGUACAGACCCUUGUUGAGCUCAGGCACGGGGUUUGGUGCACAACGUUGGGUUGCCACCCUUCAACGUCAAUGCGAGUGCUUAGCCAUUCUAAUGUCCUCAGCAGUACCCUCUAGAGAACAUUCAGCAAUAAGCUCAGGUGGAAGGAGGAGCAUGCUGAAGCUAGCACAACGGAUGACGAACAAUUUCUGUGCUGGAGUUUGUGCCUCCACUGUGCACAAGUGGAACAAGCUGAACGCGGGGAACGUGGGGGAGGACGUGAGGGUGAUGACAAGGAAGAGCGUGGACGACCCGGGCGAGCCGCCGGGUAUUGUUCUCAGCGCGGCCACGUCGGUGUGGCUGCCGGUGUCGCCCCAAAGACUCUUCGACUUCCUGCGCGACGAGCGGCUCCGGAGUGAGUGGGACAUCCUCUCGAACGGUGGACCCAUGCAAGAGAUGGCUCACAUUGCCAAGGGACAAGACCAUGCUAAUUGUGUCUCCCUCCUCAGAGCAAGUGCUAUGAAUGCCAACCAGAGCAGCAUGUUGAUUUUGCAGGAGACGUGCACCGACGCGUCGGGGUCGCUUGUGGUGUACGCGCCGGUGGACAUUCCCGCAAUGCACGUGGUGAUGAACGGCGGCGACUCUGCCUACGUGGCGCUUCUCCCGUCAGGGUUCGCCAUCGUCCCUGAUGGAUCCGCGCCCGGCGGAGAGCAACACGGGGGCGCGUCGCAAAAGAGAGCCAGUGGAUGUCUUCUGACGGUGGCGUUCCAGAUUCUCGUGAACAGCCUCCCGACGGCGAAGCUGACGGUGGAGUCGGUGGAGACCGUGAACAACCUCAUCUCCUGCACCGUGCAGAAGAUAAAAGCAGCACUUCACAGCGAGAGUUGAGUGUCACGGGCGCCUCACGUGACUUGUUUAUUAUUAUUAUUAUUAUUAUUAUCAUCGUUACUAUUAUUUUGUUUGGUUUUGGGUAUUAGUUGAAAUUUGUUGUAGCUAAAGUUGCGAUAGGUGGCGCGUGUGAAUGACGCGAGGGGUGGGGGUGUUGAGUCAAGAACGAACCGCGCGUUUGUGUGAAAACUCCUUGCAAGGUGGCGAGGGUCCGAGGCUCGUUUGGGUCGGGUUAGGAUCUUUAACACAUGGCAGGGGUGGUGGUUCGGGUAUUGACUCGGGUCGUCCCUAUGUCUGCUCUACUAGCAGCAGAAGAAAAGAAAAAAAGAAGAAAAAAAAAAAAGGAACAAAAUUGUGUUUCUGGUUAUCAUUUUUAUCUGUAUUGACAUGAGAGUUUGCUAGAAUUGGAUCUAGUAGUUUGUUGCAUAUCAUCAAAUCAAUAAUUUGUUUUCAUUUUUUGACAUUUUA